AUGCCCGUGAACGCCACUGGGCUCAGUGCGCGCAUCUCUGCUCCAACUUCAAACAGGUCCCGUCAGCUUACUGGAAAGCAGACGGCUUUCACGAUGGAUGCUUCCGUUUAUGAUAUCAUACUGGGAGAGCUUGAGGAGCUGAACUGUAGUUUGAUAGAGCAUUUUCAAGACACUUUUUAUGAAAACGCUUCAUUGGCUCUGCUGAGCGCUGAUGGUUUAUAUUGCAAUGUCACUACUGAUGAAAUUGGAACCUGCUGGCCGCGGAGUAGCACUGGCAGGAUUGUGGAGAGACCGUGUCCUGCUUACAUCAACGGAGUAAAGUACAACACAACGAGAAGUGCUUACAGAGAAUGCCUGGAUAAUGGUACAUGGGCAUUGAAGAUCAAUUAUUCCAACUGUGAGCCCAUUUUGGAGGAGAAGAGAAAAUAUCCCAUGCAUUACAAGAUAGCUCUGAUCAUCAACUACCUAGGCCACUGUAUUUCUGUGGGAGCCCUAAUCGUGGCUUUUAUUCUCUUCUUAUGCUUAAGGAGCAUACGGUGUCUUCGAAACAUUAUCCACUGGAAUUUGAUCACCACCUUCAUAUUGAGGAACGUUAUGUGGUUCUUGCUUCAGUUGAUUGACCACAAUAUCCAUGACAAAAAUGAGCCUUGGUGUCGAUUGAGUACGACAAUAUACAACUACUUUGUUGUGACCAACUUCUUCUGGAUGUUUGUUGAAGGAUGCUAUCUUCACACUGCUAUUGUUAUGACCUAUUCUACUGAUAAACUGAGAAAGUGGGUUUUUCUUUUCAUUGGUUGGUGCAUUCCGUGUCCAAUAAUUGUGGCUUGGGCUAUCGGAAAAUUGUAUUAUGAAAAUGAAAAAUGCUGGUUUGGUAAAGAGCCUGGGAAAUAUAUGGACUACAUUUAUCAGGGACCAAUUAUUCUUGUGCUUCUGAUAAACUUUGUUUUCCUCUUCAACAUAGUACGGAUUCUCAUGACCAAACUGAGAGCUUCAACCACAUCAGAAACAAUUCAGUACAGAAAGGCUGUGAAAGCCACACUCGUCUUGUUACCUCUGCUGGGAAUCACCUACAUGCUGUUUUUUGUCAAUCCGGGGGAGGACGACAUCUCUCAAAUUGUUUUCAUCUAUUUUAACUCCUUUUUACAGGCUUUCCAGGGAUUCUUUGUGUCAGUCUUUUACUGCUUUCUAAAUGGAGAGGUCCGUUCUGCAGUGAGGAAACGGUGGCACCGUUGGCAGGAUAACCAUGCUCUUCGAGUGCGAGUGGCACGAGCCAUGUCCAUCCCCACAUCGCCGACCAGGAUUAGCUUUCACAGCAUCAAACAGACCACAGCUUUGUGAGCGUGGGAAUAAACUUCAUCCCUUCUGACAUGCUCAUCCACAAAACACAGAACAGCCUUCAUAAUUUUGGUUCAGCAUUCUAAAUUAGGCUGAGUACUUCACAGUAAACUGCUUAGUGUUGUGUGCCUAAGUCAACAAGACACUCCUUUUUACUGCUGAGGUUUCAAAUUCUCAUAAAUUAGUUUGUUAGACGAUGAAUUGUUUUAUGAAAAUGUCCAGUGUGUAAAGUACACAAUUUGAAAGUCUUUGAAGAGUGUUUUGCAGCAAAGACGCCAUUCUUCAACAAAGUAGGUCUUGUUUUGUUUUCAAUUUCUGUCAAAUAGCUGCUUAGUGGUUAUUUAUGGGAAGACAAGAAUUUAGAAUUUGCAACUCAUACACUCAUAGACAGGAUAUUCUUGUUAUGCUGAAAGAGUGCAAUCGAUAAAACUUGAAUUGUAAUUGACCACAAUGCAGCCACUUGUCUGCCAAAACAACCAUUUGAUCAGAAACAAAGAAAACCUAACUUUAAAAAAAAACAAAAAACUAAAAAUAGUUAUUUUGGAUGGAGGGGGUAAAAGGGAAAGUUUUGUCUAAUUCUGUUCUGCUUUAGAUGUUAUCCCGGCAUUUGUUCACAUAAUUUUACAUUCACCUUUCCUCUUGCUAUUUGUUCCCAGCAUUUUUAUUUCUCCUGUGUGCAAAAACAUACAAGAGGGUACUGUCAGAAAGAAUUGUUUACUUCAGGACAUGUUUUAUGCCACUUUUUCUCCAAUCCCAAGUUCAAUCUCGAGUCCAGACAAGCAAAUCUAAGAUUAGCUAUUAUUUUAAGAAGUGAAAGUGAUUCUUAGCCAUUUAUGCAAUAUUUGCAUAUAGAGUACAAAGUGUUGUGCACGGACUUAUCAUGCAUGUGAAGUGAAAGCAGAUUAAAUUCUUUUUGGCUUUAUGAAAUCCUUGUGGCUUUCUCAUAAUCGGUGUCGCAACUAAGCUUUUGCUGCUGAAGAGGGGAAGCCUGAUGGAGAGGGAACCAGUCACAUCCCUAAAGACGUGCUUCGGUCAGGUCAGCGUAUUCUCUCAAUGUAAUGCCAGCUUUUACGUCUCACAAGGCUUAUCCCACAAAGUCAUGGAAACAGCCACGCUUUGGUAUUUGCCCCAAAAAACUUUUUGCUGAGGGAUUAAAAGAGGAUGAGAAUUAUUGUUUUUUUGGAAGAGAUUACAAAAAUAAAAAGCAUGUAUUUGAAGAUCUAAAAUGCUACUGAUGUUUAAGCCUGAGUCAUUAGAUCAUCUGCUUAAUUCUCUGCAGUUGUUGAAAGUGUAGAAACGAGAUUUUCAAAAAUAAUUGUAUUAAUUUUUUAAUUUCUGUUAAUACUCCAAGUAAGCGCUUACCAGUUUUCUGUCAUUUGUUUAUGUCACACAGUGCGUCAGUUAAAUUGCUAAAUUUAUACAUGUGUAUCUCAGUACAUUUUUUAUUUAAAGUAUUUAUUUUUGGUUGUUUUGAUUAUUAUGGUUUAUUGCAAGUGAAAACCCACAUUUCAGUUUCUCAGAAAACUGAAGACCAAAAUAUAUUUUAUUUAAAAUAGACAUGUUGACUGACUAAAAACUUUGUCCACUACAAUAUGCGAGUUCAUUACUACGAGGUUUGUUUUUGCAUUGAAUUAGAACGUAUCUCAUCUAGAUUCAUGGUCCGCUAGUCCUGCUUGUCUUCUGGGCAAUACUCUAUAGGUUGUUUUGGGAUUAGGUCAAACCAGUUUGUCACAUCAAGCACAAAGACAUUAUGAUUAUUAGUGUGGUCACUUCUGACUUUGAAAGAAACUCAGCAUCUCCAUAAGGUUUGUCAGAAUAGGAAAGCAUGAAGUGCUCUAAAAGUGCUAUAUGUAAGGGUCUGCUGACUUUGGAUAAUAGACCAACAGUGAUACAUUAAAGAGCUUUUUCUUUCCAAUAAAUUCUUGAAUAAAUCACUUUGUGAAAGAGCCUGCGUGUUUGGCAAAGAUCUUUUUUGACUUGCGAGGAAGAUGUUAGUGGCCUGUUACUCAACAACAGUCAUAUCAGCAGUCCUGACAAUAACUAUGAAGGCUAUAAGACGAAUUUAAACGAGGCAUAAGAUCAUUCUAUAAGAUAACCUGCUCUCAAAUUAUUUUUAAUUAGCGGUAUCUAAUAAGAUUUUUGGAGAAAAUGGGCUUUCAUUACCUGUACGGGAUAAUCAAUAAAAAUUAACACUUUAAUACAUUAACACUAGUAGUUUUACCUUUUUUGGAAUAGAUUGGUGAAAUAAGAUAACUUUUUGAUAAUGUUCUAAUUUAUUGAGAGACACCAUGCUUUCUGGAGUGUACAUUGUGGGGUCUUGGUAAAAGUUUGACCAAAAACUGUGUUUAAAUGGCAUGUAUAAAAAAUAAAAUAUGUAACCAUCUGUUUAUGUAAAAAUGUGCUUUUCAUUGUUAUCUUUGUAAACUUGUGUUAAACUAAAGCUAAUUUGUUAUUGCUGUUCUGUUCGACUACACUAAUAGUGGUUAGUGUAGAAACUAUCUACCCCAGACUGAGUUGUAAAUAUUAAAUCUGCUUCAUUUCAGAGUCACAACAUGUGAAGCUGUACUACAGCACAUCUUUUCAUGAUUCCUACUAGUUAGAUAAAGUUAAAAGGACUACAUGAUGCUACUGUUGUAAAAAUGUGAAAUAAUCUUAUAAAAACAUUUAUUUAAACUCACCAAAGAGAUAACCUUUGUUUACUAACUUACACUUUUUAUUGUCUACAUAUUUAUAUUGUUGUCAGUGGAAUAUAGUUAUUGAAUCUGUUUUUAACAUGAUUUUUUUUACAUCAAUUUCUGAACAUGAAGUGUAAUCCACAAAGUCAGAUGUCAGAUCUGUAGAUUUUAAGGAAGCUACCCAUACUGCCUUACAAAACAACAAGAAAUGUAUUUUUGUGAAAAGGAAGUCGUCUCUACUGGUUCCAAUAAAAUAUUCUGUGUUAUUGUG